UUCUCCCUGUUGUGCACAGUUGUAGAGGUUUAGGAAGUUUGUCUCUCGGCUUUCACUCCUUCACAGUGAAAGUUGUGAGAUGAAUUGUCAGACGGACUCCGUGGUUUUGGCCAAAGACAUGCUGGAUCUGGAAGAAGACGAAGACCUGGAGGUUUUCAGUAAGAAAUUAUUAGUGACAGAUAGGGAUCCAAUGCCCAACUCUCCCAGCUCUCUGGUCAACCAGUACCAACUUGAUGAAGAUGAUGAACCGCAAAUUGGCAGCACCGAAGACUUGUUUGUGACAGUUGACAGUCCAGAGAGUCAUGUGACAGCUAUUGAGACCUUCAUCAUGUACAGAGUCAUAACCAAGACCACAAGGAGUGAGUUUGACUCCUGUGAGUAUGAGGUGCUCCGGCGCUACCAGGACUUCCUUUGGCUCCGAAGCAGACUGGAAGAAACCUAUCCGACCCUCAUUGUUCAUCCUCUUCCAGAGAAGUUUGUGAUGAAAGGCAUGGUGGAACGCUUCAGUGAUGACUUCAUUGAGACCAGGAAGAAAGCGCUACAUCGCUUUCUCAACAAAAUCACCGGGCAUCCCAUCCUGUCCUUCAACCAGCACUUUAAACUCUUUCUAACUGCCCAGGAUUUUUCAUCUCACAGGAAACAGGGUCCAGGCUUCUUGAGUCGAAUGGGGGUCACUGUACGAGCAGUGGCCAACUCGGUGUGGGGCAUCAAGUGCCGUCCAGAGGAGUUCACACUUAUGCAGGAAUAUGUAGAGAACUUUGGCUCCAAAAUCUCGUCUGUUGACAAAGUUUCUCAGAGGAUCAUCAAGGAGCAGCGAGAGUAUUUGGAUGAGCUAAAGCAGUAUGGGCCCCUCUAUAGCCAAUGGGCAGACAUAGAAAAGGACCUGCAUGACCCACUGAAACUCGUAGCCCACUGUGCGGAGCAAUGCAGUAAAGAAACAGAAAAGCAGAUCCACCAUCUUUCUGAGGUGUUGGUCCCUGCUCUUCACGAGUAUGUGCUCUGCACUGAGGUACUAAAGACUGUGAUGAGACGGCGAGACAAUAUCCAGGCUGACUUUGAGACCAAAAAUGAGGCCCUUGCAUCUAAAAAGGCAGACCAAGAAGUUGGUCAGCUGGAGAAAGAAGUAGAUGCUCUGUCAGAUCGAAUGGAAUUUGCGAACAAUGCAUUGAAGGGAGAUUGGAUCAACUGGCAGAAUAGCAUGAGAGAUGACCUCAAGUCAGCCUUCAUCUCAACCGCUGAGAAGAAUGAGGAAUGCUAUGAAAAGUGCCUUGCAGUGUGGGAAUCAUUUCUCUUGUCUCAAAAAAGGGAUCCCAUCGAGCAUCAAGAUGAAGAGACCGCGUAAUAAUGUAACAUAACAUCGCAAAACAAACACAUAAUCGCAAUAUCAUCCUUUUGCAUGACCAAAACAUCAAUGUUGCAUACAGUAUUUGUCCAGAUAUUGUGAUGUUAUUCUAGAAUGUUUAUACAAUACAAUAGAAGUCUCACUGUACAUUUACAAAAAUACUGUAUUAACGUUAGUCCUCAAUAUGGAAUUUGCUAUGCUAUCUAAAAGGAUGGCUUGUAAAGGUUCCAGGAACUACUUUGUUCAGAAGAUAUGCUAUUUUCCUUGUUAUGAGGAACUAUAAUGACAAACUUGUUAAAUUUAACCUCCAAGUUUUGUGGUUAAAAUCAUUUGACUAGUAAUGAUACUAAUCAGCACUUUUUCACUGUUCAGAUAAUUUUGGUGAGACCUUCUGUGAUGCAUGACUUGACUUGCUGAGGAAAAAAAAAGAUGAAUAAAUAAUCAAGACCUAAAA